AUGAAGUUCCAGUCACAAUUUUCUAUCUCAAUUAUAGCUGGAUUUCUCUUUCUCCGCACCGCAGCUCUUAGUGUGGGCAAAACUGCGACUUUGUCUUCCGUUGUCGAUCUUGGGUAUGCACAGUAUCAGGGGAGACUCGUCCAGGAUCCAGUAUCAAACGCGACACACACCCAAUUCCUAGGUGUUAGAUAUGCCGCGCCUCCCACAGGCACAGGGCGGUUCGCACCGCCUGCACCGCCAUCCUUCACAGCUGGUGUACAGCAGGCCAGUGCCGCUGCUCCCACAUGUCUAGCGGGAAGCCAGGGCCACGCACCGAGUACGCCGUUCCGGCUUGCGGUCGGACAAAUGCAAACGGCCCUCUUACGGCCCGUUGAGGAACGACAAAAGCGGGCCGAGGACAUCUCUCUCGCGGCUCCUUCUGAAGACUGUCUCUUCCUCAAUGUGUGGGUGCCGGGAAAUCUUGGGGAAAAAGAGAACCUCCCUGUGGUGUUCUUCAUUCAUGGUGGUGGGUACGUUGAGGGAAGCGCGUCUGCUUUGGAUGGGAAUGACAUACUGCGGGAGUCGGGCGAAGCUGCUAUUGCUGUGCUUAUACAGUAUCGAUUAGGCCUGUUCGGGUUCUUGCCCGGGCAGAAGGUGAAGGAUGGAGGUGCUUUGAACGCCGGGCUUUUGGAUCAACAGUUUGCAUUGCAGUGGGUGCAGCAACAUAUAUCCAAAUUCGGAGGGGACCCACAAAAGGUGACUAUAUGGGGACAGUCGGCGGGUGCAGGGUCGGUUUUGCAGCAAGUGAUUGCCAAUGGUGGAAAGACGGACCCACCGCUCUUCAGGGCAGCUAUGACAAGCUCGACGUUUUUGCCAUCACAGUACAAAUACAAUGAUCGCAUCCCAGAGACUCUUUAUCGUGAGGUGGUGACGCAGACCAACUGCUCAUCAGCAGCUGAUACUUUAGACUGCCUUCGGAAUGUCGAUGUGAGUAUUCUGGAGACGGCCAACACAGUCAUCAACAACAAUGGUUUCUUUGGAACAUUCGUAUUUGUUCCAGUCGUCGAUGGCACCUUCAUUACGGACCGCCCAACCCAACUUCUGAAACAAGGGAAAGUAAAUGGGAAAAUCCUAUUCUCGAACACCAACACCUUCGAAGGACAGACAUUCGUUAACCAAAGCACAGCGGAUACAGUCCAAGUUGUAGAUUACGUGUCACAGCUAUUCCCGGAACUCGGAAGCAAAGAAGUACAUGCUGCUGCUGCGCAAUAUGCAGGCCUCGGGACCAACAUAGCUCAAGUUGUUUCGAUUAUGGGCGAAUGUAUGUUUUUUUUUUCGCUGUACCCCUUUUUUAUUUAUAUUUUAUGUGUUUCUGAAUUUGCUAUUCCGCCUGGAACCCAUGCUAGCGAUGUCGUGUAUUAUUUUGGAAAUGGUGCGACUCCUCCGUUUUCGAACCCGGAUUUUGAUAGGGAGUUUUCUGAAUCCUUCUUCAAUUUUGCGUUGGCGCUGGACGUAAACGUGAAGUGGGACAAAGAUAAUAAAGCUCCUUUUUGGCCGCUAUGGAAAGCGGGAAAUGAGAUGCUUUUCAACGAGACGGAGGCGGGCGGCGCUGAUAUCAGGGUCAUAAAAACGUCGGACGCGCUUCUGAGACGAUGCGAGUGA